AUACUUCAUAUAUACCGUAAUACAACAUGAUCAACCAAGGACUUAUCAAGGAACCGGUCUUUUCGUUUUGGCUUAACCGUAAUCCUGAGAGUGAAGAAGGAGGUGAACUUGUGUUUGGAGGUGUUGAUCCAAAUCAUUUCAAGGGAGAACAUACUUUUGUUCCUGUAACUCAAAAAGGUUACUGGCAGUUUGACAUGGGUGAUGUUCUCAUUGGCGGUGAAGCCACUGGAUACUGUGAAAGUGGUUGCUCAGCGAUAGCAGAUUCUGGAACUUCUUUGCUUGCAGGUCCAACGACUGUGAUUGCAAUGAUAAACAAAGCAAUUGGGGCAUCUGGAGUGGUUAGCCAGCAAUGCAAGGCUGUUGUGGAGCAGUAUGGCCAGACCAUUUUGGAUUUACUUUUGGCCGAGACACAGUCGAAGAAGAUCUGCUCUCAAAUCGGGUUGUGCUCCUUUGACGGUGCUCGUGGUGUUAGGUAUGACUGGUGUCCUUCGAGAUGCUGCAUGCUCUGCAUGUGAGAUGACGGUCGUAUGGAUCCAGAACCAAUUGAGGCAGAACAUGACUCAAGAUCGCAUAUUGAACUACAUCAACGAGCUAUGUGACCGAAUGCCCAACCCGAUGGGAGAGUCAGCAGUUGACUGUGCCCAGUUGUCGACCAUGUCUACUGUUUCCUUUACCAUU